GUUGGAGCUCAGAGUACGAGCGUAGUUCAGGGGAUGUGAUCAGUCAGGGCUGAGUGCAGAGCUGCACACAUAUAGCAGCAGCCCAGAAAGGCACAAGGAGCCUUCUCCUUAAAUGGUCAAAGCUCCCAGGAGUGAAAGAGAGGCUGGCGCUGAACAAAAAAAAAAAGACAGGGAACGGAGGGGAAAGGAAAAGACGGCCAGGGAUAGCUGGGUUUUUCUUUGAAAGAAUCUAGGAAUGACAGUUUGACUGAGGGAAGGUCCUGCCGGUUUUAUGUGGAGUUGCUAAGCAGUGGUGGUGGUAUCUCUCACAGAGAACAACAGAGCUGUGACGACCCCAAGGCGCCCUCCACUGAUGACCACAUACCAAGCCAAGUCCAAUAUUCAGACUUUAUCCCAGAUCGAGAUCACAACAGCACUAGUUGUGAUGGUCCUGCAACUGUAUUUUUAGGUUCCAUCCCGCCCCCAUCCCUCGUCCACGACGCGUAUGCCCCUCCUCUCACCAUCCCAUUGGAAACAGUCCCUCGGUUUGGCUGUGAGAAUCCAGCUCCUGCUCUCACCGACGAGGAUGUAGCAGGUCUCAGAUCGGAGCAUCCUAGUUCCCGUGACUAUUGCCGGUCAGAUGCCAAAGACUGUGGUAGUGGAUUAACCUCAUCACCUGAAGACUGUGGGAAUCAGCCAUCAGACCCAGGAGGCAAUGCUGGUAGCAAAGCAUCUGAGCCAGAAGAUAGUGGGAGGACCAACACAUUAAAACCAACUCUUGGGUGUGAUCAAGAACACUGUGGGAGUUUCCAUUCUCAAGAGUUUCCGACUGUUGUAAAAAUAGGCGCAAAUAAGGAAGGAGGGAACCACAAGUUGUACUGCUUUCCCUGGGUUCAGACUCAACAGUCAUUUGAGGACUCCCCAACACAAACCAAUCCAGCCGAGAGCCCGUUUGUUUCCACCCGGACACGGCAUCGUGCACCGCAAUCCCUGAUCAUGCCUGUCCUCCCUGAAGAAGAUGAGGAUUCUCCCGAGGAAAUUGACAGUUCUUCCAGCUCACCUAGCACAUGUUUUGUUUUUCCAUGUAGUAUACACCAUUGGAAAGUAGAGCCGUCACUAUGACCAUGCCUGCUCCCACCAUUGUCUUCCCAAAGCAAACGACUGUGACCGUGGUUCAAACGGACAGCCGUCCUCUGGAACAAACCAGACCACACAGUCCCAGACCCCGCCUGUCCCGGAUCUCCAUCGGAGGACCAAUUACUACAGUGGACAGUACAGGCAAUGUGAUAGAUCUGGUGAAAGACCCUCUGCCUGAGCUGCAGCUCUCUGAAGAAGACCGCCAGAAGAACCUAGAGCUACUGGAGGAAGCCAAGAAAGUCAGCGACCGCUUUCUGACCCGCAGGGGCCGAAGGUCCACGUGCAGCCUCUCAGAGUCCCCCACAGGUCUCUCACCCAAUCAAACGCCGUCGUCUUCACCGGUGCCGUCCAGAAGUAGCUCUCUUACCACCGCCCCUCAAAUACCCGUAGGCACUGAUGUGAACCACUCCCCCUCAUCGCCUGUUAGCCAGCGACUGGAGGUUCCAUCUGCGGGGGACCAGGCUAGUACCAGUACACCGGACCAGGAGAGCUCCAGAAGGCUGGUGGACUGGAAGCCCAAUGAGAAGCGCAAGGUGUCCUCAGGCACUCUGGUUCCCCGUCACACUGGUCCACCAUCACCCAGGGAGCCUAUCGGGGGCCAAAAAGAGAACUGUGACCCGAAAGUAUCAGCUAAGAAAAGCCCAGUAGAGGGUCUGGUCAGAGCCCCAAGCCAGGCCCCUGCCACUGGAGUGGCCAAGCCUGUCCCUCGGCCCCAAACACAACAGGCUCCCUGCACGGCAGAGAUCAAGACCAUCGGAGCCUUUCCUCCGCUCAUGAGAGCAGUCUCCUGGGACACUGUCGGAACCCUCAACGCCCGCAACGAGGCACCAAGCCUUCCCCCUACAAGUGAAGAAAACUUCUCCUUCCAAGACAAGACCCGGGAUGUCCUGCUCAAUUCUUCUGGGUACAAGGACUUCCCUGUACAACCUGUGAACGUGCAAAAACUGUCCAAAAUAAGAGAGGAGCACAAGCUCAUGCGGAACCAAAGUAUCGUCGGGUCAAUGUUGCCUGACUUGAGUGAAACAGCUGAACAGGAACGAGGUCCUUCUCCGUUGCCCUCUCCAGGGUCUCCUACAGAUGAGGAGGCUAAGGAGAAGUCAGAUGCCAUGCCCAAUAUCUCAGACAUCAUGCUGAGGAAACUCAAACUGCACAGAGGGCUUCCAGGCUGUGCACCUCCACUCACGGAAAAAGAAGUUGAGAAUGCAUUUGUUCAGCUGUCACUGGCGUUCCGGAAUGACAACUACACCCUGGAGACACGGCUGAAGCAGGCGGAGCGAGAGCGGACGCUGACCGAGGAAAACACAGAGAAGGAACUGGAAGAAUUCAAAAACUCUCUCAAGUGCACAGCACCACAGUGGAGUAACAUGGAGCAGCGGGAGUCCUAUCAGAGGCUCAUAGAGACCGUGGCCGUACUGCACCGGCUGGCCACCAGGCUCUCCAGCAGGGCAGAGAUGGUUGGAGCAGUGAGACAGGAGAAACGUAUGAACAAGGCCACGGAGGUGAUGAUGCAGUAUGUGGAGAACCUGAAGAGGACCUAUGAGAAGGACCAUGCUGAGCUGACGGAGUUUAAGAAACUAGCCAACCAGAACUCCAACCGCUGUUAUGGCGGAUCCAUAGACACUGGAGAUGACGGAGUUCCACGACCGUCCAGAUCCAUGUCUCUAACCCUGGGAAAGGCUUUGCCCAGACGUAGGGUCAGUGUUGCAGUUGUCCCGAAGUUUAAUCUACUAAACGUCCCUGGUCAGACCCCGGUCAUGGCAGGGCCCGGUCCCAGCGUUGCCAUGGGACCCAGCCCCCAACCCGCCAUGGGCCCCGCACUUCCUGUCCUGUGUGAAGGAAACAGUAUGAAAAGCAAUCUGUCCACUGAGCCCACACAGCCAGCUAUAGCUGAGAGCUUGGCAGAGCAGGAAGCUGAGCCAUCGGCCCUAGCCAGGCCUGCCUUCAACCUAGAGGAGAUCAGAUCAGAGAUCAAGGCACAGAUCGAGGAGGAAUCCUACAAUAAAGGCUACCUUGAAGGAAUGAAGAGAAAUAAAGAACUCAAAGAAGUGAAGGAUGAGGAGAAAGUAGAGGAAAAGCCACUGGAGUUAAAAAAGAAGGAAGAACAAAGAGAAAUUACCAGAAAAGAAAAGACAAGCAGUAAGGUUGAAGAGGUCUUAGUUGUCCUUGAUUGGCUUUGGCCCAAGAUUUUCCGUCGUAACCGACUCUGGAUUGUUCUUACACUGUUCCUGGCCACAUUUCUGGCUGUCGCUGUUUUCACAUACUUUAAUGAUCGCUAUAACAACCAUGGGGACAUGUCAGCUGAAAAAUCCAUGGUCCAGGGCAAGAAGAAGAUCUUUGGACUGAAUGUAGGAGUACAGCCAAAAAAUCCUGCUGCAGAAUAACAAAAAUCCUGUCCCAUCCUUCUCACCAUCCAUAGACUAUUUUUCCACACAGGAAUUCAACUUGAAUAUAGGGUUAUAAAGAUCUAGGGUUUUGGAAUUUAGCUUUGGGAGCAUUCAUAGCAUUUCUCUUUCAUGGUUACAGAGGAUAAACCUUCUAAUGAUCCUGAACUUUAUAAAGGUAUAUUUAUGUUGUGUUAGGACAGCUGCCAGAGUGCUUGUGAUGGUGAAAUAUGUAUGAUUGUUGCUUAGGGACCAAGUAUAAUAGUGUGAUGAGCUAUUUUCUUAUCUAUAUUCUAAACACAGGAUUGUUAUCAUAUCUUGGCCUACUCUAAGUGUCCUCCUGGAGGAGUGAAUGUGGACCCUUAAGAGAAAAUGUGUGAUUAAUGAUGACUUUCCUAAGACCAACGCCACAGUAUACCUGUCAGAAAAAUGUACGUGUCCAUCUCUCUACUGUUGCUGUGUGUUCAUUCUCUCAGGUCCAGUAAGAUGAUGUCCCCUGGUGAUAUUUACAGACAUAUUUAAAGAGAUUUAAAAAAAAAAAAUCUGUAGUCAAAUCUAUAUCUAUAUUUGUGGUAUUUAAGCAGAGACUUUGUGAAAAUCUAUAAUACAAGCACAUUCCAAAGUAGUUAAUCAAGUGCAAUAUUUUGCAGUUGAUUGUUCUUGUUUGUGUUGUUUUUGUGUUGGUUUGUAUCUACUGAGCACUGAAAGAUUUCCUCCCCCUACAAUAACACGUUUAGACAGCAUGAGAUGUUUUUUUAUCUUCUUUGCACAUGUGUGUCAGUGUUGUAUGGUUGGUUUUCUGUUGUGUCACCUUUGCCAUUAAAUAAAGGUGCCUUGAAAUUUGCAGCA